AUGGACGACUUAACGUGUUCAAAUGAGACCAUGAUGCCAUUGAAAGCUUCAAGUAAUUGUACCAAUAUGUCAGUCUGUGAGAAACAAGAGACUAACAUUAACAUGUAUGUUCCAAUGUCAAUGAUGGUAACGGGAAUGACAGGCAACUUGGCGGCCCUGCUAGUCCUUUACACACUGUCAAAGGACAUCCAAAGGACGGUUUAUUUCCCGCUUCUCUCUGGAUUAGCUUGGGCUGAUUUGAUUGGUCAAGCUCUGACCAGUCCCAUACCAAUCCUUGUCUACUCCAAGAAAAUCAAGUUGGGCGGUUAUUUGUGUAUGUUCAACGGGUUUGUUAUGGUGUUUUUUGGUCUCCUGACACCACUCUUGGUCUGUGUCCUGUCUUUGGAACGAAUGCUCUCUCUGAAGUUCACGUAUUUCUAUCACAG